AGUUCUUGUGACAUCUAGUGGAUUUACAUCUAGCUGUAGGGUGUUAACGUUUGUGUCUCUUUGCUGAGUGAGGAAGUUUGCGAGGAAAUUAUCGGAUUUAUUGAAGGAACAUGGAUUCCGCAGGCCGAAAGGUCGUUGUUUGCGACAACGGAACUGGGUUUGUCAAGUGUGGAUUUGCAGGCUCAAACUUCCCAGCACAUAUUUUCCCUGCUUUAGUAGGAAGGCCGAUAAUUCGUUCAACAACUAAAGUAAAUGACAUCGAAGUCAAGGAUUUAAUGGUUGGCGAUGAUGCAAGUUUAUUACGUUCCAUGUUAGAAGUGAAUUAUCCAAUGGAAAAUGGUAUUGUUCGGAAUUGGGAAGACAUGAUACAUUUGUGGGACUAUACUUUUGGUCCAGAAAAACUUGACAUUGAUCCAUCAAAUUGUAAAGUUCUGCUUACGGAACCACCGAUGAAUCCAAGCAAAAAUAGGGAGAAAAUUUUAGAGGUAAUGUUUGAAAAGUAUCAAUUUCAAGGAGUGUAUAUCGCAAUUCAAGCAGUUCUUACUUUAUAUGCACAAGGUCUUCUAACCGGUAUUGUUGUUGACUCUGGGGAUGGUGUGACACACAUUUGUCCUGUGUAUGAAGGAUUCGCACUUCCUCAUUUAACUAGAAGAUUGGAUGUGGCUGGAAGGGAUAUUACUAGAUAUUUGAUCAAGUUACUUUUACUACGUGGGUAUGCAUUCAACCAUUCAGCGGAUUUUGAAACAGUUCGAAUGAUGAAAGAAAAAUUGUGUUAUGUUGCGUAUGACAUUGAACAAGAACAAAAGCUUGCAACAGAGACCACUGUAUUGGUUGAAUCAUAUAAGCUGCCUGAUGGUCGGAUUAUCAAAGUUGGUGGUGAACGUUUUGAAGCAGCAGAAGUACUUUUCCAACCCCAUCUCAUUAAUGUAGAUGCUGUGGGCGUGGGAGAAAUGCUGUACAAAGCUAUUCAGGCUGCAGAUAUUGACACCAGGUCUGAAUUCUACAAGCAUAUUGUCUUGUCUGGUGGAACUACCAUGUUUGCAGGCCUGCCAUCUAGAAUGGAGAGAGAAAUCAAACAAUUGUAUUUACAAGGAGUGCUGAAGGGUGAUACAUCCAAAUUAUCGAAUCGGAAAUUCAAAAUUCGUAUAGAGGAUCCACCUCGCAGAAAGCAUAUGGUAUUCCUGGGAGGAGCUGUGUUGGCUGAUAUUAUGAAAGACAAAGAUUCAUUCUGGAUGAGCAGGCAAGAGUAUCUAGAAAAGGGGUCACGUGUGUUGGAAAAAUUGGGUGUAAAGAAGUGAUGUCAACUGAUCAUUUUUUAAAGUGAGGGAUUUCACUCGCCUUGAUAUUCUUUUAUCUCUUUUCGGAUGGAAGCCGAUUCAGAAUCCUAUUACUUUACAGAAAUAUUAUGAUUUUAUUACUAGGCAUUGUAUCUUAAUAUUAUUCCAUUUUCUAUGAAAUUGUGCAACUAUAUAUAUAUCGGAAGCAAUUCAAGACAGUAAUGUAGAUUGUUGACCAUCUCAGUUGUGAUGCAAAACUGGAUUAUUUGUGAUCUACAGAUUAAAUAAUUAAAUCUGUUAUUAACAUCAACUUCUUUCAAUCUAUUCUCAAGUGAAAUUGGUCAUAUUAUUAUUCUCAUUGUAUGCGAUAAUCAGCAUUUUAUGAUUUGUUAAACAAUUGAAAUUAUGGAGUUUUUACUGUUUAUAAUUAAAUUUAUCCUCGUAAGGUAAUCAUUGAAAUUAUUAACCAUCGUGAAAUUUUGGGAUUGUGUUAGGGUGUUAAAACUUCGGACACUUCAUUGUAGAAUUUUUUGAUGGAAGAAGAUUUUUAAAAUCUUGUGUGGCACGAAAUCUUUGUAUCCUCCUCACGUCAAUUAAUUUUUAGUAAUUAUGCCUCAAAACUGCCUAAUUUAUCAUGUUUGAGAAUGAGAUAUUAUUCUCAUAUGUUUGUAUCCGUUGGCAGUGCUUUCUGAUUUGCAGAGUAAUAUCGGCCUAUCUGAAUUGAUUUUCAGAUAGUUAGAUGUUACUGAUAAACGGCAUUGGUUUCAGUGUUUUAUAAAUGCACAAUGUUCAGAAAAACUAGCUUCCUGACAUGACAAAAAUGUAGCUGCUUUCAUUACACCCAGGAGGAAAUCUGGAACCUUUCAGUUAAUACAUUCCCAGACUAAAUAUGAUGGUCAAGUUUACUGGCGUAUAGACAUUAUCUUAUAUAUUUUUAGUAAUAAUUCCGUAAGGCUUUUUAUUGAGUUCUACCAAGAGUUCAUCUUUAGUUUCGGAACAGCAGUAUAAAUUUGGAUUCUAACAACUGUUGAGAUACAAAAUACAACAAAAACUGCUGGUCUUUUCACUUGCAUAUUUUUGAAAUUUGCUUUUCUGGAGAUUAUUAUUGGUAAUUAUCAAUCUCAUGAAAAAAACAAUUUGGAUUCUAGUCUUCAGCCAGUGCUUAGAAGCCCACUAGCAGGGGAUUUGUAAUUCCUCUCUGUUUUUGUAUAUUAUGCUUAUGUUAUUAUUAAUAUUGUUAUUAUAUAACUGGAAUAUGAAUCAAUUGAGGAAUAAAAUGUUGAUUAUGCGAUUCUUGAA